AUGCGGACCGGGGUCCUCGUCUCCCGGCUUGUGCGGACCGGGGUCAGCGGCUCACGGCUGUGCGGUGUGCAGGCUGUGCGGGCGGUGCGGGCCGGGGUCAGCGGCUGCAGCUGUGCGGGCCGGGGUCCUCAUCUCCCGGCUGUGCAGGCCAGGGUCUACGUGUCCCAGCUGUGCGGACCGGGCUCCCUGCUCAGAAGCAGUGGCCGACCCCCAGCUGCAGGGGCACCCAAUGGUCUGCGCUCCAUCUCCAGUGAGCAGCCCGAGGCACAGCCUGGGCUCCACCCACAGCUGUCCCAGACACCUGUCGCUGUCAGUCCCAGGGCCACCCUUCCUGGUCCGUCCAGAGCACCAGGCCCCGCGCAGUGGCUGUGUGCAACUCCCUGUGGCCCACUGCCCGGCGGCCCUGCCCCGGUCCCCAUGACAACCCUGGAGGAGCUGGACGGAGGCCUGGGCAGCUGCCCGGCCGGCGAGGACCUCUCUGUCCUGGCUGAGCCCUGCCCAGGGCGGCCCCCAGAAGACAAGGCUGCAGGGUCUCCCCGGCUGGCCCACUCCGGCAGCUGGUCCCCGGUGAGUAGCUGGGUCCUGGGAGUGUGUUGCUGGCUCGUGCUCGCGCACGGGCCGAGGAAGCACCAGGACGGGCGAUUCCCGCAGGACUCUCGGGAGCCGGGGGCAGGGAGCGGCGUGGACGCCAGACCCAAGAAGACGGACAAGGAGCCCGCGGCCAGGGGCGCCCCAGGACCCGGGCGGGACAGACCGAGAGCUGGCACCACCUCCCGCAGCGCCCCGGCGCGCAGGAAGCCGCAGGCCGCGCCCCCGCCUCCGCCGGCGCCCAGCGAGGAGCUGCCCUGGGGGGCCGCGUCGCUCAACACGUGCCUGGUGCUGGCCGCUCUGCUGGCGCUCCUGGGCUCGGCGCUGCAGCUGUGCCGCGAUGCUGUAGUUGGAGAGGCCACAGCCCCAGCGCCCAUCCCCGAGCCGUGGGUCCCACCGAGCCCGCCCAGGAAGGAACCAGUGGCGCCCCUGGUGGGCGCUGACCCCAGGACCCCCCAAAUGUCCCCGUGGCAGCCGAAGCCCCCCGUCCUGGCGCCCCCCCCUGCACGGCCUGAGCCCCCGGCGGAGGCAGAGGACAGAGGGAGCCUGGGGGCUACAGAUGAGGCGGAGGCACAGCCCGGAGGAGCCCCCACAGAGGCCGCUGAGAAGCGCGCGCCCCGCGUGGACCGCGGGCCCAAGGACAAGCCGCGGAGGACGAGGCCGCUGAAGACGCGGCCGCGGUCCGAGGAGCCCCGGGAAGCCCUCCCCCGGCGCUGGGAGACGCGCGAAGGGGGCCGUGGGCCGUGGGCGCGGGACUCCAGGGACCCCGGGCGCAGCAAGAGGCAGGCCCGGGCUUCGCCGCGGCGCCACGACCGCGAGGAGCGGCUCCCAGGCCGCCAGAAGCCGCGCGCGGGCAAGGGGCGGGACUGA